CUUAUUUUCUUAGGUCAAGUCAAUCCACCAACGCAGCAGCCAGCAACCAGCAUAUAUCAUUAAAAUUUAUCUCCCUUUGAAGAUACCCAGUUGAUUUUUCUUCAGAUCAUUAUCUUUUCAGUUGCUUAUCUGUGUGUAGUUGCGCUCUUCUCCCCUUUCACUCUUCUCUUCCUCUGCGGUCUGCCACAUGGCCAUGCCUCAACACGCGUCAUUGACUGCACCUCUCAUCGUCGAUGAGAAGGAAUCAAAUUUACUACAUGGAGAUUUGGAGUCAAAUCACACUGGUUAUAGCCAAGGAACAACCUCUUCCCUCAAGACCAUUGUCAAUGGCUUAAAUGCUUUGUCAGGAGUUGGAAUACUUUCGACCCCAUAUGCGCUAUCAUCAGGAGGAUGGCUGAGCUUGAUCCUUCUCUUUGUCAUUGCCAUUGCUGCUUUUUACUCAGGUUUACUGAUGAAAAGGUGUAUGGAAGCAGAUUCAAAUAUCAGCACUUAUCCUGAUAUCGGCGAUCGUGCUUUUGGUAAAAAAGGAAGAGUUUUAAUAUCAAUUUUCAUGUAUACAGAGCUCUACUUAGUCGCCACUGGUUUCCUGAUUCUGGAAGGGGAUAACUUGCAAAACUUGUUUCCUAACGUGGAACUUGAAAUGGCAGGAUUCCAUUUAGGUGGGAGACAAACCUUUGUUAUAGUUGUUGCUCUUAUUAUCUUACCUACGGUUUGGUUGGAUAACUUGAGCAUCCUUUCUUACAUCUCUGCUAGUGGGGUUUUAGCUUCUAUUAUAAUCCUUGUUUCAAUUUUCUGGGUUGGAUCUUUUGAUGGAAUUGGAUUUCACGAAAAGGGAACCCUGAUAAAGUGGGAUGGAAUCCCUUCUGCUGUUAGCUUAUAUGCCUUCUGUUACUGCGCACAUCCAGUCUUCCCUACUCUCUACACUUCUAUGAAAAAGAAGCAUCACUUCUCUAAUGUCCUACUUAUUUGCUUCAUUUUCUGUACCUUCACUUAUGCAUCAAUGGCGGUUAUAGGAUACUCGAUGUUCGGGUCUGAGGUUCAAUCGCAGGUAACAUUGAACCUCCCCAUCGGAAAGUUAAGCUCAAGAGUGGCAAUAUACACAAUCCUGGUCAAUCCCAUAUCAAAAUAUGCAUUGAUGAUUACACCAAUAGUGAAUGCUACCAAGAAUUGGUCUCCAUGGUACUGCAACAAGAAACCCUUUAACGUUUUCAUCAGUACCGCUUUAUUGAUCAGCACUGUAAUUGUAGCCUUGGCUGUCCCUUUCUUUGGAUAUCUCAUGACGCUGGUUGGAGCAUUCCUGAGUUUCACUGCUUCAAUUAUACUUCCAUGUUUGUGUUACUUGAAAAUUUCAGGCACUUACAGGAGACUUGGAUGUGAAGGGGUGGUAGUAGGGGGAAUUGUAGUAUUGGGUAUUGCAGUCGUAAUAUCUGGUACUUACUCUGCUCUAUUGCAAAUUGUAGGGCAUUUGUAAGAACUAGCUAAAGCAUAAUGAUUAUAUUUUUAUUAGAAAUUUCUUGAAAGUUAAAGAAUAAGAUGCCGAUAUUUGGGUUUCUUUACUCUCAUGUAACAAGGCAGUCGAUGAGCUAUUCGCCUAAUAACAAAUUUUGUAAAUAUUAUAUUUUUUAUCCCA